AUGGAGAGCGGUAGCGCGCGGGCCGUCCCGCCGUCGAAGUCCUCCGAGAGGAGAGUAACCUUCGGCGACGAAGAUUCAACCGAAGAGAAGAGAAGAAAGAUCGAGAGCGGCAGCGCGCGAGCCGUCGCGUCGGCGGGGGCUCCGCGGAGCAGAGUGCCCUCGGGUGAGGACGGGCGCCCGCUCGACAGCGUGAUGCGCGCCAGCCUCAUUCGCCACUUGAAGCAUGGCGACGGCUCUAUCUUCAGAAGCAACGGUUAUUGGACCAAAGUUUAUCGUCUCCAAGAUACCAGCGAGACUUGUCUGGAGCCAAUGAUGAUGACCGAGCCAUUAGCCUCCUGCAUGCCUGACAGGAUGGUUUGUGAAAGGCAACAUUUUCGCACCAUGCUGCAGAUAUUCUCCCUGAAGCUAGCUUACACUUCUUCACAUGUUACUGGCCCGGUCCAGUUGUACGGAUACGUGGCUGUCAGGGAUCUUUUGAACCCUAUGCGUAACUACAUCUUCAACCGCACAAGGGAUGAUCCUUUCGUCGUGGAGCAUGACGGCCUUAUCCGAAUGUCCGGCCCUAAGAGGGGCAUCAGAAUGGGGGCUCCCGUGCUGAUUGAGUUCGACAUGAAGGUCAAGAGAGGAGUCGGAGAAGCAGAAGAUGAUUUACAGCUCGUCGAUUGCGUUGCCUGCCUCAACGACAUAACCUCGAGACAUGCUACGAAGAACAGAAGACGGAUCGAUGGCGAUUGCGGGGCGGUGGACAUAGCCUAUGCGCUUCUGAGGGGCGCCGCGGAGGCCACCGUGCAGGUUGGGAUAUCAGAGCUGGCACAGGACAGUGGCUUGAUAAGGCUGAACGCAGCAUUGUUUUACACCAAGGAGUUGAGCGCGCAGAUCCAGCUGUUUGACGGAGUUGUCGCCGCCGAGGCGACUGAGCUUUGCAGGACUGUGCUUGCCGUGGCGAAGGGAGGUCAGUUGCUUGUAUCGUUGAUGCUCGAUCAGACUGGUGGCUCGGGUGAUUGCGCUUUCAGUCGUAGCUGCACCUUCCCUGUUCAAAAGCAUGGAAACCAUGUCUCCGUUUUCAAGCUUGGGCUGGCCGCUGUCGAGGUGAAGGUAACCUGGUCGACUCUGGACAUCGCCGGAAGCCUUUUGGGUCCAAAUUGCUUCCAGUGGGAGUUCAUGGCAGCUGAGGACGUUGAGUAUGAAGGUGACUGAAUAGCACUUCCUCUUGAUGGGGUGUCCUCACUCCUAACUACUUAAGUAUUAUAGUAUGUUUGUUAUCUGGAUGUCUAUGUCAUUUCUGAAUGCCUAUGUGUAUGUGAAAUAGCCGCGCUUUGUGGUUUGCUGGUACCUCUGCUCAAGUUUGUUUGUGUUUGAUUUUCUAAUGCUCAAGUAUUGUCAUUAUACUGGGGACAUGUUCAGACUUGGUAGUAGCAAAUAUAAUUCCCCUGUAAGUGCAUCUAUAAGACACAUGACAUCUGGAUUAUUAUUUUUGUAUGCGUUUCGACACUC